AUGACCAAGAAACGCAAGGCCCCGUUUAGUCGAUCGACUGGUGUGCUGGCUAUUGUCAUUGUAGGUGGACUUAUUGUGGCAGGUGGAGUUGUCGUGUGUCAGAUGUAUCCGUCGUCUUCUGCGGCGGAUUUGAUCCACGAUGCAGCUGGUAGGAUGGAGGAGAGUUUAUUUUCACUGCUAAUAUACCUCUGGAACGAGGUGGAGCUGAGUAUGAAAAACGUGGGAUAUGUGGUAGAGAUGAAGUGGCUGGCGCUGCUAAGGAACAAGAGGCUGGCAGAGACGGCACGUGCAAUGGAAUCGCAAGCAUUGCAGGGCAUUUCUGGCUUGAUCAAGCCGAGAGAAGUUGCGAUUCUGUGUUUCAGACUGAAAGAAGGCUUGCGAGACCAAUUAAGACUAGUACUUUUGAGUGUGGUCGAUGGUCUGGAAUUGUCGAUGGAGUGGGUACGCUCAGGUUUUGCGAAGUUGACUGGAAAUGGCGAGCUAUUCGAGCAAGUCCAAGCUCUUCUACUGACAGCUUUCUCAUUUUUUGCCGAAGCUCUGAAUAGAGCAGUGACGGCAUCGAGUCUGGGCAAAGUCUUUGAAUGGUUAGGAAUGGAGUCAGAUAUGAGUGAUGUGAAUCUGUCCGGUGAGCAUUUUCUUGCACCUCUAGUGACACAUCAAGCUGCAAUUCAAAAUAUAGGAAGAGGACUUACAGCACAGCAAUUUCAGGCAAUACAUGAUGUAAAGCGCUUCGAGAAACGACGGGCCACUAUUGCAUUUGCUACCAACUCGAUUAUUGAGGAUACCCGGACUAUUGCACUUGAAAGUGUCCUCAAUGUAAAAAUGGCUGCUGUGGAAUUUAUCGAAGACCGCACCAGGCAACUAGCAGAACAAUAUGUUCGAGCCUUCGAGCAAGCACUUGAAGACUACGAGCGCACGUCAUGGCAAGCACAAGAAGAGGGCGGAUCUGAGAUGUUGGCGGAAAUCACAUUGGAAAGUCAGGCACAUUUUGAUGCUGCAGCAAGCUUGAAACGAUACCUAUCGGUACAUGAAAAGGUCGUCAAUGAGAAAGUGAUGGAAAUUCCAGUCUUAGGAGACCGGAUUUCUAUGACGCAUAUAUCACGAGACGAGCGUGUCAGUGGAGAUCAUUUGGUAGGUAGCCAACUUAAUGGAGAAAGUAAGCUGUCUGGUGAUCAUACAAGACCUUUGGUGUCGAAAGAUGAAAGCCCAGCAGCAGAUAUACCAGACAGCGAUCUUGACACCGGGGAAAAGUCUCAAGUACGAGUUACGAUUGCUGAUUUAAUGACUGCUGAACGAAACGAAGCAUCAACUCUUGAAUACAGUUCUUCAGAGAAGGCAUCAGAAAGCGAGCUUUUCAGUGGAGAGCAGGCUAAUGUGCUGACUGUUGAGUUUACUGAAGUUUCAGUAGUGGGCAAGUCAAGUUCGUCGGAGAAAGCGGUUGAGGGUGGUUAUGUCACCGAAGACCAGCUAAAUAUAGUUGCCAAGCAUACCGAAAUAGAUCUUAUUGACGCUGCAUUGAAACCAACAGACAGGAACGAGGCAAUCAAUGAGGUGGAACAAACGUUUGCCGCGCAAGUCUCAGUGGACUUUGAUAACACUUUGCUGGAGGUGGAACUCAUUCAAGCGCAAGCAUCAAAGCGUGUCGGCGUGCGAAAUUUAUCUGAAGAAGAAGUGCAGCUUCAACAAGAAAGUCGAGCAGAAGCAUACUUGAGAGCCCCGGUUGAGAAAACCGACAUGAAGCUUGUAGAGGAGCUAACCGCAAUUGCUGACAAAAGCUUCGAAGAAAUAGAAGCAAAACAGCCUCUUGCUGACGCGAGAACUCGUGUUGCGGCUCAGACUGGAAUUGUGGCCGAAGGUUUCACGGAGAAUCAGGUGAUAGAAAUGACUCAGUGCUUUGAAGAAGAUUGUAAAGUGAUUUUGCAGGCAGUCGACAAAAAGACAGGUACUCAAACUGAGCAAUUGGAUGCUAAAUCCGUACUGAAAGCACGAGCGAAUGUUGAUGGUGCAAUGGUGUUUACAGACCUUCGACCUACGCAAGGAGAAUCGGCAAGCAUACACAGGUAUGAUGAAGCUGUUGUGGAAGUGGAGAUACAGAAGGGGUCUGUUAAUGUAGCUGUUGAAGCUCAGAGAAAGCGUACAGGAUACCUUGAAAUCGAGGUAAACGCUGAUGCAGCUGAUGCAGGUGCUUUGACUGAUGACGACAUGUUGGAAUCGGACCGUAUAGUAACGGCAAAGGAAAUUUUAGAGCUGGAGCAACUCGAACAGGUUUUGUUGCAGGAGGAAGCUGAGCGUUUGCGGGUAGAAGAAGAGCUGCGCGUAAUUGCUGAAGAGGAAAUAAUCUGGCUUGAGACCGAUCAAGCGCUGGCUGAAGGCGUCAUUUCUCAAAAGGAUGCGGUGGAACAAAGUAUGAUUGAUGUGACGAAGCAUGCAAAAGUGGUUGCUGAUUUUAAAAGUGAAGAUCGGCAAUCGAGUCCUCGUGAUACAUUAUUGGGAUUGCCCAGACCCAUUUUGACGCAGAUCGGUUUGUUUUCAAUGACAUUCCUCGUGCUUGCGGCGCUGACGGCAUAUUUUUUUGUUUGUCACCGCAAGCGUGGAUUUCUCACCCGUUCACCCCGCCGACACAUGCGGUGGCAGCGACUCGCUCAUGUGGACGAGUCUGAAGCCGAAGAGGUGGUGUUGCUGUCAGACGACAGCUCAGAUGAGGAAGAUAAUACAGAUGCUGCUGUAGUGAAGCAGCCUAAGACAAAAGUCAUCGGACAAAUGGCUAACGUUGAUGUCGAAGCGAUUGAGUUGGUAUCUUCUGAAAGCGAGGAAGAUGUCGAGAAAGAGAAGAUUGGCGCAAACCGUGAUAAUGCCGAAGAGGAAGAAGACAUGGUCAAAAAGGAGGAUCUAAAUGCCGUGAGAUCUCGAUUGAUUGCCACCGAGCGUGCCCGGACAAUAAUCUACACGUCAGAUCAUUCUGAUACGUCGAACUUGGAUGCUUUGGCUGAUGGUGAUGUUGCUAGUGUGUCACUGAUGGCACCAAGACAGGAAACACCCGAUACGUCCCAGCGCACUCGUCAACGGCGACGUGGAAUCCGCACCUAA